AUGUCACUGGAGGUCUACCCCGCGUCCCCUGCCGACGCGCCCGCACUCACGCAAGUCUUCUACGCCGCCUUCCGUAGCCCUGUCGACACGGCCAUGUUCCCAAACACACCGGACGGGACAGAAUGGUGGGAGAAUGUAUUUAGCACUGCAAUCACCCGCUCAAUUGCAGGAGAGUCCAACGAGAUAUUCUUCAAGGUGACGGAGGGGUCGGAGAGUGGUCCCAUUGUCGCGUUCGCGAAAUGGAAGCGUCUCACGUCCCCUGCAGAUCACGAUCGGCACGAGGAACAGAUUGUAUGGCCUUCUAGUAGCGAUAAGGAGCUUUGCGAUCGGUUUUUCUGGGGCAUGGAGACGCAGCAUGAGAAGUGGAUGGGGGAUCGGCCUCAUUAUUAUCUGGAUAUGCUGGGCGUCCACCCCUCCUACCAGGGGAAGGGACUAGGCUCGAAGCUCCUCAAAUGGGGUCUCACGCGCGCUGAUGCGGAAGGUGUGGAGGUUUAUCUGGCUGCAUCUCCACUUGGGAGACCUUUGUAUGCGAAAUAUGGGUUCCGGGAAGUUGAUACCUUUUUACCAACCCCGGACUAUGUUCUGGUGAUGAUGAUCCGCUCGCCCCAGGGACAGGGGAAAGCCGAGUAA